UUAAGCUCGUAAACCCCCAUCCCACUCGCUUCCUCUUCCCCGCUCGCUCGCUCUCGCUUCCCCUCCCGGACGAAAACCCCAUUUCCUCCUCCCCUCUCGCGAACCCCAGCCAUCGCUAGGGCUUCCGCCGCCCGCCGCGCCCAUGGCCGACGACGGCGCCGACGCCGACGCGGGCGACCGCGAGAAUGCAGACCCCAACCGCUGCUCCACCGCCGGCGCGCCUCCACCUCCCGAGGACACCGCAGACAAAUCGGACCUGGAUAUCAACAGCACACUCUCUACUCAGUUGCUUGAGCCAAAACCCAGGGAAAAUAAGGAGCCCGGGUCACAUGAUAUCCACUCUAAUUCUGCAAACACAUCAGGAAACAGUGAUGAAAGGAACAAUACUCUAAAGAAAAGAGAUGUUUUCAGGCCUUCUGUGUUUGAUAGAAUAGCUAGCCACCAUGACCGACGGUGUGAUGAUGCCACCAAACCAAAUUCAGAUUCCCAUCGUAAUCGUUGGAGGGAAAUGGAAAAGGAACAUUGUGAUAUGAACAAGAUGGAACGACACUGUGAUGAUUCCAAGCAGUAUCUUGAUAGCCGUCCACGAGAGCGUUGGGGAAGCUCAUCUAGUAAGGAGGGAAACUUUGACCAACGCCGUGAUAAUAAGUGGAAUGCUCGCUGGGGUGUCAGUAGUAAAGAUUCUGAAAAUUGGCGUGACAGGUCAUCAGAUUCAGAUAGAAAAGAUGAUACUCCCCGUGAAAAAGUUUUUUCUCACAAUACAGGUACUGGGAAAGAUGUUAGCAAUCCUGAGAAGGGGAAUGAAAGGAACAGCAAUAUUUCUCAAUCUUGGAACUCCAGCUAUUUUGCGAGCCGUGGCACAGGAGGUACUUCUCAUCAUCAUUCCCUGGCACCACAGAAGUCAUCUGCUUCACUUGUAUACAGUAGAGAGAGACAGGAAAGUGAUAACCCAAACUCUACAAGUUCUCACAGAAGGCUUACAUCUGUUACAAGCAAAGUCAAUACUCGAACUACACGCCCAUUCCACCUUGGCGUACUUUCAGAUAGGCCUGGUGGUGCAUCUAGAGACUCUGUGCGUUAUAGCAGGAUGAAAUUGCUUGAAAUUUACAGAUCAACUGAUGUUACAAACUUUGCAAUGCCGUUAGAUGGUACUGAGGAGAUCUCACUGUGGCAAGAAGAUCCUAUGGAGCCUUUUGCUCUCAUUGCACCUAAUUCUGAAGAAGCGUUUAUUUUGAAAGGAAUUGAAAGAGGGGAUGUCACAAACAGUGGGGCACAAGCUUGCAAAGAUGGUUCUGUUGAAAAAGCUGGAAGAGAAGAUCAGGUAGGAAGCAGUGAAGAUUUCAAGGGUGAAACAACCAUCAGCAGCGGAGGAAUUCCUGUGGAUGCCGAUUUGAGCGACCGCUUGAAAUCUGAUAAAUCUCCUUAUACUGCUCCACAAGAAUCUGAGUCUAUUUGUGGUCGUAUCCCUGGGCCAUCUGCUGAAUCUGGACAUCAGUACAAUGUCUUGGACCCAGGACCUAAAGUUGGUGAAAUGGAUGGUGUAGGUAACAUUAUCAGCCCAGAAAACCUUUCUUUAUACUACAAAGAUCCAAAAGGGCGAACCCAGGGUCCUUUUUCUGGAUCUGACAUCAUCGGUUGGUUCGAGGCUGGUUUUUAUGGUAUUGAUUUGCUAGUCCGCGUUGCAAGUUCUCCCUAUGAUUCUCCUUUCUUAUUACUGGGGGAUGUAAUGCCACACUUACGAGCAAAAGUAAGGGUGCCUCCAGGCUUCAGCAACACCAAACCAAGAAGUAUGCCAGGGACCUCACAUCUAGGACCAGUGUAUCUUGAUAUAUCCGAAAAUGGGUCCAUAAACAAGAAGGGUAGUGUAACUGAAGCUGGAAAUCACUUUCUGGAGUCUCCGAUGUCUAGUAACACCCUGAACCCCAGAGCAGAAACUGGCCCUGUUACUGGAGGUAUGAAUGAAUGGACCUGCAGUGCGUUUGGCAAUCUUUCUGUUCCUGGCGGCGAGAAUUCCAAUAGCAUAAACUAUCUUGCAGCACAGAAGGGGCUGUUAGAGAGAGGAAAUCCCUUUCAAAUAGAAAGUGAUAUUGUAUCAGUUGAACAGGCACAGAACAAAGAUUCAGUCCAGUCAACAUCACGCUCAACGUCAUUCCCUCAAAUGGUUGACCCAUCAAGAGAAGCUCCCCAAUCUCAGGAUGUCAACCUGCUGUCAAUACUGCUUCCUGCAGGAAAACAUCAAGCACCGACUGCUAAUUCCGGAUUGCCACUUCGGUCUAUUCCUGAGUCUGGAAAUCUGCAUCCUGGUAUGAGUGGUAUAGAUCUUGCUCAAGAGGUACAUGGGCGCCAAAAUGUGCACAAUUCUCAGAAAAUACAUAUUGAUGGUCAACAGCAUUACUGUGUGACACAGAAUCAACCAACUGUGGCUUGUUUGAAUUCACAAACCUUGCAGCCAGAAAAGUUUCUCAGUGAAAUAUCUCAGGAGCCUCAGUUAUUACACAUAUUGCAACAACAGUAUCUGCCAUCAGAGCUACAGUUGCAGUUACUGAUGCCUGGAAUUUCUCAACCUCAGCCCUCUCUAUCGAACAACAUGCUACAGCUCAGGCAGCAGGAGCACCAAGAACUGCAACAACAGCAUCAAUACAUUUCUCAGGUCCUACCUCAUGAUUGUUCUACGCAGCAGCUUUAUGAUCCUUCUUAUGGGACAAAGCACAUUGCGUUGUCGUCUGGUGAUUGUUUGAAGCUUUGUCUUCAAAGAACACAAGAGAUUCUUGAACUUGCUCAGAAGUUACCUUGUCAUGGUACGCAUGAGAUGCAACAGCCUAGAGGUACAGAGGUUAGUGGUUUCUCGGAAAGUUGGGCUCCUGCUCUACCGUUGCCCCAUGAGAUGAUGAUCUAUGCACCUCGGAAAGAAUGUUCUGCUGGUCUCAUGCAGGGUUUUGCAGUUAUUGAUCCUUCAGGAAAAGAAAAUACAGUUAUUGACUCGCCAUCUAAGAAAACUGUGAGUUCAGAAUCUAAUGAGGACAGCAAGGUGGCUGUUUUGGAAGCUAAAGGUUUUCCUCAAUCAUAUCAAGAUGUUGCAACUUUGGAAAACGUAUCAUCUCAUGUCUCCAAUCAAGUUCAUGAUGCGGAAAUUUCCUCUGUCCAUCCUUAUCCAUGGAAACCUACUCCAGAUGUUAGGACUAAAUCAUUGUCAGAAAUUCAAGCAGAGGAACAAUUGAAAGCACAGAAGCAAACAGCCAUGGAGAGUGCUAAAGUAACUACAACAGCCCCUUCGGUGUCAUCUGUUCCUUGGGCUAGCUUGGCGCAAACUUCUGAGCAACAUUUUGGAGAUGAGACCAAAUCUAUGGGUGGUCGAGAAAAUGUCAAUGUAUCACAGACUAAGAGAAGCCAGUUGCAUGAUUUAUUGGCAGAAAAGUCGAAUGACAAAGAUGCUGUCAUCAUAGAUAGUGCUGAUUAUACAUCUUUUCCUCCCUUGGCAUCUUAUGCUGCUCAGUGUGAUGCUCAUUAUCUCGAUGAUAGUGAUUUCAUUGAGGUCAAGGAUACAAGAAAGAAAAGGAACAAGGCAGAGAAAUUCAAAGGUUCUGCAGUUAAAGCCUCAGCACCACUUAUUUCAUUUAAUCCGUCAGUGAUGCCUGUGCCUAUUGAAAAGGAAAAACCUGGCAAGCAGGCCCAGCAAGAAAAGGAUGAACUUCUUCCUCUACCAAAUGCUCCAUCUCUGGGAGAUUUUGUUCCUUGGAAGAGCGAUGAAGCAAAUGUUGUACCUGGCCCAGCAUGGUCUACUGACCCUUUGCAGGUGCACAAACCAUUGUCUCUCAGAGAUAUUCAGAUGGAAGAAGAACAGGAAUCAGGUAGUCUGCAGCAACUAGUACCAGCAUCAUCCCAUGCAGAAGAGCCUAUGAACCAGCAGAGUCAUGGGAAUGAUUCAUCCUGUCAAGGUUCUGGAUCACCUCCAUUGGGGUUUAAUGCAACCCUCCAAAUGACUUCCCGAGUUUCCAGUCACUCCAAUAUGCAUUCUGAUGAGGAUCUAUUUUGGGGGUCUCAUGAGCAUGCAAAGCAAGAUAAGUUGGAAUUCCAAUCUGCAAGUAGUGGAGGAGCUUCCAUGUUCAAUGCGACAUCUGCUGCAUUGGGUAUUCAGAAGAAAGGGAAGAAAGGUAAAAGGCUGAGCUCAUCAGUUUUGGGGUUCGAGGUUCACAGCAAUCGGAUCAUGAUGGGCGAGAUAAUGCGUGCAGAAGAUUAGAGAGUCACGAGUAACGACGGCCACCAGUUCGUUUACCGAUGCACAUAGCUUACACUUUGCAUCACCGUUUUAGUACGAUCUUUUUGCAUAGCAGACAGUUUUCUACAGGUGGUUAUUAGUAAAGCAGAUCAUUCACUGUCAUGGUUCACGGCAGAAGCGAUGAGAUUUGAAAUUGAGCAUCUGGCAACAGAUUUGGUAAUGGUUGUAACUUAAAAUUCGUGUAACAUAUGAUGCGAGGCGGAUUUCGCCUAACAUAUAUACUGCAAAACUGGAGGGUGGAGCUUCCAGAGUCACGGGACACCAUCAUCAGGUUUCCCUUGCAGGAUGGAAUACUGCAAUGCCGAGUUUUGACCAUUCUGAAAGCAGGUUUCUGGUA